ACAUAUCUUUCGUUACACUUCCGCCGUUGCGCUCAACAUUGUCACUUCGGGCGAGAGACACGAAUAUUUUUAAGAAUUUUAUAGACGAAUAUACCAUAUUUUGACGUUCUAUAAAUCAACUUCAAAAGGACUAUUUGGCGCCAGCGUAUGACGCCGGCCACGCCGUUCCAUUCACAUUCAUUACGAACAUCCUGUACGUCUGAUCGCGAGAAAUAGUAAUCGAGGUGAUCGGCAUCCUGUGGAAGAAACUCCAGCGUACCAGUGAUCAGUAGAUUCUUGUAAUUCGUCAACACUACAAUCUUCAAUGGCAUAUCGCGAUCGCGAACGCAAUGACAGACGAGGUGGUGGUGCACGUGGAGGUGGUCGAUUUGGCGGACGAGAUAGCGGCGGAGGAGGCGGAGGUGGCGGCAGUAGAUUCGGCAGCAGCGGUGGAAGCAGAGACAACGGUUUCGGCAACAGUAGCUUCAAGAACCGUCAGCCUGGCGAACGUCUUCGUAAACCGCGAUGGGAUAUGAGCACGUUGCAACCAUUCAGAAAAGACUUCUACCAACCACAUCCAAAUGUAAUGACAAGGAGUCUUCACGCAGUGGAGGCAUACCGUGUGAAUAAGGAGAUUACGGUGAAGGGAACUAACGUCCCAGGUCCCAAUAUUUAUUUCGAAGAAGGUGGUUUCCCGGAUUAUGUUCUCAAUGAGAUCCGCAGGCAAGGUUUCGGUGAACCAACCGCGAUUCAAGCGCAAGGUUGGCCCAUUGCCUUGUCCGGUCGCGACAUGGUCGGUAUAGCGCAAACUGGCUCGGGAAAGACAUUGGCGUAUAUUCUACCUGCGAUCGUACACAUCAAUCAUCAGCCCCGAUUGAGCAGAAACGACGGUCCGAUCGCGUUGAUUCUUGCGCCGACUCGGGAAUUGGCGCAGCAAAUUCAGCAAGUGGCAUCAGACUUCGGUAUGUCCUCGCAAGUGCGAAACACGUGUAUCUUUGGCGGUGCUCCAAAAGGACCACAAGCACGUGAUCUCGAGCGUGGAGUAGAGAUUUGCAUCGCUACUCCUGGACGUUUGAUAGAUUUUUUGGAACGUGGCACUACAAAUUUACGUAGGUGUACGUAUCUAGUGCUGGACGAAGCUGAUAGGAUGCUUGAUAUGGGCUUUGAGCCGCAAAUUAGGAAAAUUGUAGAACAAAUUCGACCCGACCGUCAGACACUCAUGUGGUCCGCUACAUGGCCGAAGGAAGUGCGUAAUCUCGCGGAGGAAUUUUUAACGGACUACAUACAGAUCAAUAUUGGUUCGCUGCAACUGGCUGCCAAUCACAAUAUCCUCCAGAUCGUGGAUGUGUGCGAAGAAUAUGAGAAGGAGGGUAAACUCAUGAAACUAUUGGAGGAGAUCUCCAAUGAACCGGAAAAUAAGACUAUAAUAUUUGUGGAGACUAAGAGGAAAGUGGAUGAUAUAACAAGAGCUAUUAAUAGAUACGGAUGGCAGGCAAUUGGCAUCCAUGGAGACAAAAGCCAACAAGAGAGAGACUAUGUACUAAACCAGUUCCGGAAUAGCAGAUCAGCGAUCCUAGUGGCUACUGACGUGGCGGCGAGAGGUCUAGAUGUCGAGGAUGUCAAAUUUGUGAUUAACUUGGACUAUCCGUCCAACUCUGAGGACUAUGUGCACCGUAUCGGACGUACGGGCCGCUCGCAGCGUACGGGAACAGCGUACGCCUUUUUCACUCCUGGCAAUGCGCACAAGGCUAGUGACUUAAUUCAAGUUCUCGAAGAGGCUAAGCAAGUUGUCAAUCCGAAACUGUACGAGCUGUCGAGGAAUCCCGGCAUUUACAAGAGAGGUCGAUAUGGAGGUCGCAGUGGAGGUGGCGGCGGACGAGGAUCCGGCGGCCGUGGUGGUUCGCGUGGAUCUCGUGGUGGCCGGGAUGCAUCAGAUAGAAGCAGAUUCGACCGUUCUGGUGGUGGAGGUGGAGCCAGUGACCGGAACAAGUGGGGCGGAAGUAGCAGCGGUGGGAUAACCGGUGGAGGAUACGGCGCCAAAUCCUUCCCCCAAAAUAGUUUUGGUGGUGGCGGCUCCGGUGGUGGUUCGAGUAGCUACAAUCAGAACAGCGGUGGAUACGGGAGUAGCGGUGGCAGUUACAGACAACAAAAUGGCUAUUGACUUCGUGAUCUCAAAUAUGGACAUUAGACCUGUUUAUUUUAGCACCAUCUUCUGCACCGAACUCCUUUGUUUUCUUUUUUCUCUUAAUUUAAUGAAUAUUUUACAUUUUUUACUCGAAGUGCGAAAGAGAGUGAAAAAUGUUAGAAGGUACGGCUGAUAGUACCACGGAGGAACGAAGACAGGAGAAAGAAGAUAUUCACGAUGUCUAUGAUAGCUGUUCAUUGUUUCCUGUCUCUUAGCGUGAUCGUGUUCAAGUGUUUAGGAGCGCAGUUCCUAUUGAUUGCACGUCCGAUCGCGUUGUGUCAUUUACAUUCUCAAAAGCAUUAGCUUUUUCUCAUCUUUUUUUUCCAAUAAGCAUAAGGACUGUGUAUUAGCUAGAAUAAUUGCAAAUUAUUGCACGGUAUUAAAUUUAGACGAGCUUUUAACGAUGUAAUAGUAUUACAGUGGAAUAAAAAGCGUAAGAAGCAGGAAAAGACCGAAACUGCGUGUUUUUCCCUGCGUUUCUUCCCUGCUUCGAUCUUCCUUCGGCGUCAAAUAAUACGUGUGUAUUUCUCGUUUCCGCUUUAAAUCUUAAGAGUAAAUUGUAAUUUGUAACAUUUUAAUUCUUUCAGUUCGAACGAAUCGAAUGAAACAAAAUAAUCAAUGAAGAGUCGAUGUAUUUCUGAGAUGAGUGUUGAUAUUCCAACAAUGUUUUUGCAGAUCUCUAGAUUGUGUUAAAUUUGUAUUUAAUAGUUUGAACACAGAAAUCUCUCGCUACAGACAUCACCUGGGAAACGAUUUGCAUAUGCAAUGUCCAUAGACAUCAUUCGGGAUGUUGAAGACUUAUCCUGUGAACAAAAGCGAAAUAAAUAUAUCACAAACAUUGCGUAUUAAUAUA